UCGAAAAGUUUAAUCUCGCCGUGCAAUGGCUCGACUUCUGAUGAUGUGUAUCUGUAUAGUGCAAAUGUCCGUGCUCCAAAUACGUGGUGCUGCGGAAAACACACCUGUGCUACAGAUUCUGCAGGGGAAACUAAUGGGGUUGGAGAUGAGGAAUGGCUACUGGCAAUAUCUGGGAAUACCGUAUGGCACGGUGGAUGACAGAUUCCAGGAGGCAGGUCCUCCACCGCGCUGGUUGGGCGUAUUCAACGCGUCCGACACCAGCGUCGUUUGCGCUCAAUACCACGGCCGUCUACAGCUGCCCGUCGGCAUUGAGGACUGCCUGGUCCUCAACAUAUACACCCCUGGCCCGGUCAGUUACAAGCGCUUUUACCCUGUCAUGGUGUUCGUUCACGGCGGCGGCUACAAGACUGGCAGCAAUAGCGCUUACCUCUACAACCCACAAAUGCUCGUCAAAAAAGGAGUUAUCGUCGUCACCGUCAACUACCGUCUAGGACCCUUCGGUUUUCUUUGCCUCAGAAUCAAUGGUGCGCCAGGAAAUGCAGGUCUGAAAGAUCAAGUGGCUGCACUUAAGUGGGUCAGAGAUAAUAUUAAGUAUUUUGGCGGCAACCCAGAAUUAGUGACUAUCUUCGGUGAGAGUGCAGGGUCAGCAUCAGUCAGCUAUUUGAUAUUAUCACCAGCAGCUAAAGGUCUGUUCCGAAGAGCUAUUAUGCAAAGCGGCUCAGCUCUGUCACCUUUCGCUCUGCCCAAUGACCCUAUAGAGAGAGCAUCAUUAGUUGCCGCAAAAAUGGGCUACAACACAAAAAAUCCGUAUGACCUAUUAAAAAUUUACAAAAAUUCUACGAAAAAUGACAUUUUAAUUGCAAGCGCGUCCGUUAACUCCGCUAAUUUUCUAUCAAAAUAUAUCUUUAGACCGUGCGUCGAAAAGCAGGGAGUUAAUAACAACCCAUUCCUGGCCACUAGUAUUCAGGAAAUACUUGACUCUGGCAAGUAUAAUAAAGUACCUAUGAUAAUUGGGUAUAACAAUAAAGAAGGCAUACUGUACGUAUCACAAUUAAAUAGCAAAGUGUAUCAAAGUUUAAAUGAGAACUUUGCUUCGGUCUUGCCUGACAACAUGUACUUUUCAAGUAUUAAAGAAAGAAAGGCUACAGCAGACAAAAUCAAGAAAUUUUACUUCGGAAAUGAUACUAUUAAUAAUGGUUCAGUGAAUAAUUUAAUAGAUCUAAUAUCUGAUGUGAUGUUUAACUACCCAUCAGUGACUAUAACAGAGUACUUUCUGAAUCAUAAUAAUUUGCCUAUAUACAAUUAUUACUUCAAGUACGACUCUUACAGAAACCUAGCGAAGAUGCUGCUGGGGCUGAAGAAUUUGAAAGGGGCAAGUCACGGUGACGAGCUGUCCUAUUUGUUUAAUCCUGCCGUUUAUUGGCCUUUGCCUUUAAAAGGAAAUGACGCAAAAACAGUUGAGAGAAUGACUAGUAUGUGGACUAACUUUGCAAAGUUCGGAAAUCCUACUUCGAUGAAGUCUUCGGCACUGGACAUAGACUGGGAGCCUAGCGAAGAUAAAAACCUGAGAUAUAUAAUAAUAGACAAGAAUCUUACCAUGAACUCUUUGCCGAAUCCAGACCGCAUUGAUUUUUGGAAGAAAAUCUACAAUAUGACACAAAUGUAAAUUAUAUCAAUAAUAGUAACUACCUGAUUUCCUUAUAUACCUCAGCAAUUCUUUUCUCUUCAAACGUUCCUUUUUUGUCACCGAAAAUACAUAGAAAUCUGGUAACAAAAAGGUUUGUAUGAAACAUACAACUUACGCUCUUAUUGAAAAGUGAAAAGUGCGACAACGCCGAACAUGGUUAGUGGGAGGCCCUAGAUUGUGCUAGAGGCGCCCUCUAAGUAGAGUUUUGUGUAAUAGAGUAAAUAAUGGAUAUGAAUUAAAAUAAAAUUUUGCUGCAACGAA